UAGAUAGUCCUCUCUCAUUCUAUCAUCAUCCGUGUUUUUGAAAUAAGUCAUUACAGCCUAAUUUAUCACUGAAAUCCGAAGGAAUUGGGAUCUUCGCAAGGCCGUAAGUAAGAUAUUUUUCCCUUCAUUUAUUCUAAAUUUUUUUGCGCACGGGAAAGAGAUCUCCUUUUUGUUGUUGUUCACGGUUGUUGACGAGGGUGCUUGUUGCAUAACGAAGCGCUAUUUUUCAUUUCCAGUUUUGAUUUUAACGCUCAGUGAACCUACAUUGUCUUCUUGUUAGGUUUUAAAGCAUGAAACUGAAAUUGCGAUGUUCAAAUCAAUAACAAUUAACAUAAACAAUUUGAAAACCAAAAAUAUUUUGUCUUAACACGAUUUAGACUCAACAGCCGUGAUAACCAACACAUUCCAAACCGUGCUAAUCAAAAUUUAACUUCACUUUACACUCAAACAACCCUACUGUGGCGGUUUAUUUUGCCUUAAGUCGGAACAAGUCAGUAUAACUAACCAUUAAUGAAUGUUCACACGCCAAUUUAUCAUUACUAUUUCAAUUUCUAAGGUGGAUUGUUUUAUUUGAUUUUUUUUUUUUAUCAUUCCGGGGUGGCUAAGCAACGAUUUUGAAUGCUCUCCGAAUAGUUUCCAAGAAAACGAAACUUACCGUUUGAUGAUGAUACAAUUAAAGAUCAUCUUCUGUCACAGAUCUUUAAUCAGAUUGAUCUUUUAGUGAAGUACAUAUACACCUGUUAAGUCUCUCUAUGGGCAUUUGCUACGGUCCUCGACGGUCGUUCUUGAUGAAACGACCAUGCAUCUUAAAGCUUAGAGCGACGAUGGCAUUGCCAUUGCGAUCAAGUUUCACAAUGUUUGUCCUGGGAUUACGACGCAGAGAUCUGCCAAAAAGUUUGCUGCACGAUGAGAUUGCUGGUUAUAAUUUCUUGAUAUUCUCGUUUCCGUCGUCGUCGUGGUUGUUCAAGCUCUUUAGUAGCGUAAUCAUGCGAAACAAUCCUUGUUAUUCGAAGAUUUCGUCAAAAAACCGACGAUUUGAUGAAAAAGGCGCGUCAAAAAACGACGUCCGCAGGUACCUAUAGAGAGGCUCCAUAUUAGGAUCCCAAAUUGUGGUUAAAGACGAAUAACCGUACAGUUAACAAAUUUUCUUGCAACAAUCGCUUCUAAAACGAUUGUAAAAGUUUAAAUGCUAAGUUUUCUUUUGCAAUUUAGGUGUUUUACUAAAACUCUAAAACAUACCAGUUUUCUCUAAUUGUAAACUGGUCGGCCGCCCUUUGGAGAUUUAACGCAUGGUUACCCCUUAACAAAUAAAACACAAAGACAGAAAGUUAGAGUCUGGUACCAGUUGAAUUCUCCACCGAUUCUCUCCUUUCUUUGCUCAGUGCUACCAUGCACUAAGACGCCUCGUGCUUGUGGAUCGAUUGUUCGCCAUUUUACGCCACGAAAAGUGUCGAUAAGGGGUAUGACCUCACUCAAGACCUGAUCAACCCAUUGUCGACGUUUCUGACCUUUCUAUUGAUAUCUAAAGAUGAUUUCAAGCCAACAUAAUCUUGAAUUGUGUUUUUGUUUUCUGCUGUAGUUUUCAAGCGAUGAAGGGCGAGAAAGUUUUCUGUUGCGCGCUGUUCCUGUCCGCGUGCUUCGCAUUUUCAAGCGGUCAAAGUAAGUAAAGGAAUAAAAGUUUUGAUUUGGUGUCGUAUUCAUCAGUUUAACUAGUCUGUGUGAUAGUGUUACCUUAGAUUGAAAGUUACUUAUUAUCAGAAAAUGCAGAUGAAAAUCAAUAUAUAUGCAAAUAAGGAGAGCAAGGUAUGAUUUGAUCAGUCGUACAAAGCCAGCUACAAAGGAUGACCUGUAGAUUUUUUAUCCAGCGGUUUGACCUAACAGUGUUGGCUUUUUUCUUUUCGUGUUGUUGCCUCGUUAUACGGAUAUGAGCAAUUUUAAGUGGGUCCCAUAACUGACUUACACAAAUAUUCAAUGACAUGCAAAUUUCGGGAAAAAGUAAUAAUAAGUUAAAUGUGGAAACGAUCAUAAAGCAAAAUAUCUCCCCUUUAAGGAUUUGCAUGAAUUGCUUUGAAAAUCCAGUCCGUUCACCAGCUCAGAGUUCCUGGCCAAAGCUCCGGUUCAUUGAAAUAUUUUUCCGAUAACAUUUAGCAUUGUAUACACGAACUAGAAGACCUGCUUUUAGAUGAAAAGUCUAAGCCGUGAAGUUAGUUCCUUAUAGGUAUCUAGGAUUGGCGGAAAUAAAAAUUCUUGUGCACCCAGUACACAACGGACGACAAACACACUGAAUACCAAAAGUUAUCUUACCGACAAACAGUAAUUAAAUAUUGCAACAAGUCUUGCACUUUAUUUUUAGUUUGUAUUGCAGUAUGGGAUUGUUUAUAUCUUUCUCAGUAUUUUCCCAUAAUAAUUUAUUGAUUCGAUAACAGACAAGUCGCAACGUGUCUAUUAAGUCGGUGUCCCAUUGCCAUGUUUGUCAUUUUUAUAAUUGUGUCCGCAUGCAGAAGCCAUCAUAAAAGGUAUUUACAAUGUAUCCUUGCCUUUAGUAAAUAAGGAAAUGCAACCCCACGCCCCUACCAGAAAAAAGAAAAUUAUUAGACGAUUACGUUAUAUGAAUUAAUUAAAAUGAGCAAUUUUUUUAUCUGAAUUUUUAUCUCCAACACCGAAUCAGCUACGGCUACGACACCUGCUCCAACACCAACGCAGCCAGCUACCACCGCCAACCCUGCAAAUGUGACCAAUGUUACCAACCCGGAUACUUUACAAUGUAGGUUUACGAAAACUAUUUAAUUACUGCUAUUUAAUAACGAAUAGAUAACUAAAAAAUAAAUAGGUAAAUAAGUAAACUAGUAAUAACCAAAGGUUACGGAGUGUGGGCGACAAAGAUCGAAGGUCGAAACGCUUUUGCUCAAACCAUAGUUAGUAGAGGGGACUGCUAACCAUGCUCAAACUCUGUGCUUUGCGUAAGUUUCCCCGUGAUAGACGGUCAAAACACGAGUGAUCAGAUAGCGAAAGAUAGAAGGUCCAAACGCGAGUAAUCAAAUUGCGUCCUGUACAUUCCAUUCAUUCUUAGAGGAAGUCCAAACGAAGGCUGGCUAAAUACUUGCGACGCAUGCGUAAUAACAACCUGGAAAUUAAGAUUGCGUGCUCCUCUUGUCGCCUGCAAUAGAUAAAUAAAUAUCGUUUGUUCCUCUUUCUUGCAGAAGGUAUACUGAAAUUAACAAGUGGUGGGGCUGCAAUGCUAAUUCACUGAAAGAAUUAGAGGAUAUUACAUGGCGGCGCGGAGAUGUUGUAUUGAAGGUGUUGAAAAAUAUUGCGAACGAGUGAAAUAUUUUUUCAACACGAGAAGAGAAAUUUCGUAUCUCCAAGCGACCAUGUAAUGUUCUAUUUAUUAUAUAAACACACAUAAAAUAUCAAACCACUUUACUUAAAUAGUUUUUUGGUCUGAAAGGUGCGGUUUAUUAUGAAGUCAUAACAACGGUGAUAUUUUCACAUGUGAAGAUAACAGGUUUCUUUUAACAUGUGAAGAUAUCAAGUUUUCGCGCGAAAGCUCACUUGGUAUUUCAUUGGUGUUUAUAUAAUAAAUAGAACUCUUUAGCUUUUAAGCUUUGUUUUCCCAAUGAAGGACCCUGGGGAAUUUGUCUCUUUGACUUUUCAUAAAUUCUUCAAGGCGAAAUUUAAAAGAAACAUUUCUCUAUAGUAUUAUCACCUGACCUGCAUUGGAAAAACAAAACAUACAUCUAAAGAGGUCUUAAUAACAAUUCUGCGAUGCCAGUUUGUCAGGUCACGUUGUUCCUUUCGAUCUAUUAAUUACAGGUAAUUUUCUGAUUACAAUACUACUAAUAAUACAUACAGUAAUCACUAACAACUUAACUAAACGACGAACGGGUUGCAUUAGGUAUAUUCAAGAGAUGGGAACAAAAAUUGCAAGAAGAAACUUAAAAAUAUCCAUUGUUGAUUUCUGUCCAAUGGCCUUUUUUUGAACCAAUUAAGGCUGAAUUCUUGGUAGGAUUUUUAGAAGCCAGGUCAUAGCCUCUGCUGAGAUAAAAGGAGUCAAUUCUUUAUUAUUUCAAUGUUUUAGGCUCUGUCUACAACUUGACAUUGAAGCUUACGAAUGCUACCUACACUGACGAUUUAGCAAAUCCACACUCAGCUAAGUUCAUCAAGCUUAGAACGGAUUUUGAAGUUGGAGUAAGUAUACUCUAAAGUUAUUGACAGAUCUGUACUAAUGAGCUUUAGGGAAAAAAAUACAAAAAUACCUGAAAAAUUCAAGAGAACAGCUAGAAAAAUCAUUUUGUUGUCCCAGGUAGAAAUACAUGCCAUUGCGUUAUGUAUGUUUUAAAGUUUACGUUUUUUAAAAGUCAACUGUGUGGCUCCUUAAAGUACAAUCUCACUGAUUUUUAUCCAUUGUAAUUAGAUUAUGCAAGUGUAUGAUGGAUACAAGCCAUUCGUAGGUGUUACUACCCUAAGAUUCAGGUAGCUAUGUUGGUUCACUAAAUUUGAUAACAUUAGCCUGAGAAAACAGCAGGUGUUUCUCGACGUCAUCACUGGUUUCCCUUCGAAAUGACAUCCGAAGUACCUGGGCGCAGAAAAUUUCAUACUGAAAGCGUGCCACUACCCAGAUCUGGGUAGUGCUUCUGAUUGAAUUAAAUUUCCCCUGCGGCACGAUCAAUCAGGAGCACUACCAUCAAUAUGCAAUUCUGAACUCAUUCAUCAGACGUCAUUUCGCAGGGAAACCACUGAUGGCAUCGCGAAACUGUCGGCUGUUUUCUCAAGCUAUGAUAACAUUGUCCUUUUUUAUGAUAGGCUGGUUUAGCAACAGAACGGGAACGUCAUUUGACGACAGGAAAGCGCGCGGUAAGGACUAAACUCGACUUCCGGUGCCCAAUUUGCUGCUGUGCCUUUGGUCGAGCCAGUUAUUUGAUUUGCGCGCGCCGUCGCCAACUGACGUUCCCGUGCUGUUGCUAAAUCAGCCUAUUGAGACUUCUCGGAGACCUUAUUUUAAAGUCUUUUUAAAUAUAUAAAUUAAUUAAUUAAUAGAGUAAAGAAUAGAAAACGAUUCGUUUGCGAUCGAGAAUAUCCUUUAAUACACAUAAUACAUUCGGGAAAACCGAGGAUCGAUCAAGUUUUUUCGUAAGAGAACACGUCUCCUAUUUACCGUACUUACUUUUUCAACCUUGAGUCUUGCAAGUAUUUAUUUAAACCUUUUCUUUUCGGAAAUAGCAAAGCACCAGACGGCAAGUCCAUCGUGCACUUCUGUGUGGAGUUCACGACCAAUGGAACUCAUCUUCCAAACUUGACAAAGGCCAUAACGUUGGGUAAACUUGGCAAGCUAACCCCUGUGUCAGUCGCUCCAAAACUUGAACAAGCAGGUUUGAAAUCUCUUAAGCUAUAACAUUUCUUGACACUGUGUUAUUUAAAGGUGGAAAAUAAAAAUGUUGCGCCAGUUACUAUUACUUUCGAAUCAAAAAUGAGGAGGAAGGGCAACUUAUUUAAAACUGUUACUGCUGAUGUGCUAAAAAGAACCAUUACAAACACUUCUUUAGUUUUAGAUUCUACUAGAAAUUGCGAACUCCUUUUAUAUCUAUGUAAUAGGAUUAUGCUGAGGAGUGUUAACUGCAUUCCGUUUUUGCAGCUUGUUACAAGGAGCCUGCUCCACCUGUGUGCCCGAUACCCUGCCCAUCAGCCUGUGCACCUUCUUGCUAUGACACGUGUUGCCAGCAGGGUUAUCCAAUGGGCUAUCAACAGCCUUAUUACAUGCCUCCUCCACCUCCAGUUCCAGUUCCAGUCCCAGUCGCAGGAACCUGCCCUAACUCCUGCCCGAACACUUGUGCACCUGUUGGAUGCACCCCAGCCUGCUGCAACACGGUAUACAACCCCGCACCUUAUCAAUACGGUAAACGUCACCACGCCCCAAGACCAGUGAAGGGAUCAAAGAAACACCACAUCUUCCACAAACUUCACAGGAAUAAUUGAAAAAAAAGUGAACAGAAAUGAAUAGGGGAGAAGAAGAAGAAAACGAACGUUGUAGUCUGUUUUUAAGUUUUGCUUCCAUAUGAAAUACAAUGACUGAAUUGCGCGAAAUGUCUUCCAAGAGACUUGUCGCACAUAAGCCCUAAGAGUGCUAACUUGGAAGGCAUCUUUAACAAUCACAGCGCAUGUUGAUGUAGUUCGGUCAGGCUGAAAGGGAAUUUCCAUGCAAUUGAUAACGUUUGCCGUCUUGAACUAAUUAUCAGUUAAUCCUUCAAUUAGCAUGAAUCUAGAAAAAAUCUGGAGCCUAAAAGAACGGAAAACACACAGCCCUCUAAUUCUGUGAAUUAUUGCCACUGUGAAUAUGUAGCCAUUACUUCCAAUGGUCUUGAAACUGUCAGGUCUAUAGACUAAAGCAUAGCACUAGUUUUCAUACUUGGCUAGCCUAUUUUUACAAGUUUUAGUAGCUGAAAAUUAGUGAAUGCGAUCUUCCUCUUUAUUUGUCGGGCAAUAAUUUUAUGGAGAGUUUUCAUGGGGUUACUUCUACUUUAAGUAUUGUAAAUAUGAACUGGAUAACUAAAUCAAAGAUUGAGAUUAAAUUAUAUUUCAAAAAGUACCGCCAACUGAUUUACCUCGUUUAUCAUGUCAAGAACAACCAAUCAGAGGGAAGCACGAAAC